GGAUUUCGUCAUGUGCCCGUCACAUGAUCCACAAGAUGGCCGGACAGAAAGUCUCGCUGCUCUUCCUCUCCGUGUUUCUGGUCGCCAGCCAGGCGCACAGCCUGCACGGCAAACCCUGUCUCGUGCGGUCCAACAACAGGCAUCUCCUGGGAGUGAAGACCUAUCCGCGACCAUGGGAGUACCUGAAGGUGUCGGACAUGCCCAAACAGUGGGACUGGAGGAACGUGAACGGGACUAACUUCGCCAGCACCACCCGUAACCAGCACAUCCCGCAGUACUGUGGGUCCUGCUGGGCCAUGGGCUCCACUAGUGCCAUGGCAGAUCGGAUCAACAUCCUGCGUAAGGGUGCCUGGCCGUCGGCGUACCUGUCCGUACAGAACGUGCUGGACUGUGGCGACGCCGGGACCUGCCACGGAGGGGACGACCUUCCCGUGUACGAGUACGCGCACAAGAAGGGCAUCCCCGACGAAACCUGCAACAACUACCAGGCCAAGGACCAGAGUUGCAAUCAGUUUGACCAGUGCGGUACCUGCACCACUUUUGGAGAGUGUGCCUCUAUUCAGAACUACACAGUUUGGAAGGUCGGUGACUUUGGGUCGGUGAGGGGCAGGGACAAGAUCAUGGCAGAGGUGUACAAGAACGGACCAGUCAGUUGUGGCAUUAUGGUGACCGAUGGUUUUGAGAAGUACCAUUCUGGGGUGUUUGCAGAGCACCAUAUCUUCUCUUCGGAGAACCAUGUGCUGUCCAUCGCAGGCUGGGGUGUGGACACGGACGGGACGGAGUACUGGAUCGGCAGGAACUCUUGGGGAACUCCAUGGGGCGAGGGCGGUUGGUUCAAGAUCGUCACCAGUCUGUACAAGAACGGAGAGGGCAACAAGUACAACCUGGGGAUCGAGGAAAACUGCGCUUAUGGCGACAUCGUAGGAAUGACCACCGUGUCUUAGGAUAGUUUAAGACAUGCCUCACACUUAAAGUCAUGUCUCACACUUAAAGACGUAUCUCACACAUGGAUGAUACAUAUUCUUUGUUGCACAAUCCAAGAGAUUGAGCUGCCAGCCAUUCUUUGCGUAGUCUUUUCUGCUAUCUUCCUCAGUGGUGCAAUACUGACUGCAGUUCUGCUUUCCAGUGCUAGGUGGCACUGCAGUGAAAUGAAUGCAGUCCUGAAUGUUGUUGAUUGUGCAUGAAAGAAAAUUGUAUCAUCCAUUUAUUUCACCGACGUAAUGAAACUAUUCAGGGGUUUGUGGCACAUUCAGAACUUUCAUAAAUCAAUUUUACUGCAUAUUAUUGAAUGAUACCUUUUAGGUAGUAUAACAGAUAAGUUUUGGUCAAAUUCAUGAAGGUAGCUAGAUUUUAACACCUCUUUAUGAUAAGCAAAUGCUGCUCUGAUUUGAUUAUGACGUGUAUAUCAGAUUUUUGAGGAAUGUAGUCAAAUGAUUAGGUAGAUUGCUGUGCAAUCGUACUGAUGGUUAUUGGAGUCUGACAUGAAUAUAUGUUGAAGAAAAUUUUUUGAAUGCAGCUAAAAUGUGAUAUUGAUAACAAAUGUAACAAUUCAUCAAUCAAUAGGAAAUUGAAAUACAAUUACACAAGAGUGCAAAAAACAUCAAUUAUUAUGUAUCGAUAUUCACAAGUUAACCGUACAUUUAUUCGGUACCCAGUAUAUCAGUUGAUAUUAUCUUGAUUACAUUGAUACAUGAAAACUUUUAUUGA